ACAAUUUACAUACGUUAAAUAUUUGAUUAUAAUAAUUAUAUGAAAAAAUAGAAUUAAUCAAUGUCAAUUAAUGGUUAUCUUUAUUGUUGUGUUUUUUAUCAACCAAAUAAAAAGUACUCCAUGAUCAAAUUUUUGAGAUCGCCACGUUACGGUUUAUCGCUUCGUAAGUAGUAUGAUUGUGCCGUUAAUGUUGCAUUAGUGUGUUGCACUCCAUAGUUUCGGUGCAUUAAUUUAUAUCUACGAUACAAUGCAAUAGAUAGUAGCGCGUAGAACGCGUUUUAAUAAGUUAUACAUUCAUAAAAUCUGAGAAAAGUUGAUUCUUUUCAUAUAAUUUAAACAAUAUAGGAGUAAAAAACGAAUUAUAAAGGUUAGGUACAAUUAUUAAAGAACAACCAACCGCAAAGUUUCAUGCAACUUUGAUAAAUUAGCUCUCAGCCUUACAUACAGAGAAUAUAGCCAAGUGCAAAAUGGAUAAUAAUAAAGUGGAGGAUGAAAAUCAACGUAAUAUUAAUGAUGGGGAUUGGAUUUGUCCCGAUUCUCAAUGUGCCAAUGUAAAUUUUGCAAGGAGAAAUUCUUGUAAUCGAUGUGGAAAAGACAGGGGAGAAUGUCCUAAGAAAAAGAAAUUAGGACAAGAAAUUGGCAAAGCAGCUGCAGAAAAAAGUAGAGGUUUGUUUAGUGCUGAUGAUUGGCAGUGCAGUAAGUGUGGAAACGUAAAUUGGGCUCGACGACAACAAUGUAACAUGUGUAAUGCACCAAAAUUUGGAGAAAUUGAAGAACGUACGGGAUACGGAGGAGGAUACAAUGAUCGAGGAGUUGUUGAAUAUAAAGAAAGGAGAGACGAUGAUGACGAAUACGAUGAAUUUGGACGUCGUAGAAAGAAACGAAAAAUUGAAAACCGUUCAGAUGACGAUUCCAAAGAUUCUAGGUAUAACAGUCCACCACGUAAUAAGUCUAAAGAUGAAGAUGAUAGAAACGAAGUAGAAGAAGAUCAAAAUGAUGAAGAUGAAGAAGAAGAAGAUGAUGAAGAAGAUGGUGAUUUAUCUAAAUAUGAUCUUAGUGAAUGGGAUGACUUUGCAGUUAAGAAAAAUACAAAUGGGAGCACUGUGUCUUCAGAAGAACAACAAUCAAGAGACAAAGAUGACUGGCGCGAUUCGGGAACAUCUAGUCAAUGAGAAUAUGUGCAGAAGGAAAGGUUUGACUUAGGUUUCGGGUAUAAAAUUGGUUGCAACAAUGAAUCGUAAUAUUAAUCAAUGAAAUUGUUGAACACUUUUCUCUUAAAAUUUCUUAGAUACAGUAUUAUCGUAUCCCUUAUUGUAAAUCAAUAAAUGUUGAAUUGAAUAAUGGCAUAGAUGAAUGAAGAAAUAGAUUCAACAAAUUUGAAGAAAUUCAUAAUACAAUACUUGUUAAAUAAAUGAUUUUUUUACAGGUGAAAGGAAAUUUCAAGAAUGACAAAUUCUCAACAAGAGAUAUAACACAACGCAACAAAUUUAGUGAUUUAGUGAGCACCUUUGGAUAAAGUGAUGAACAAUAUAUACAACUUAUUGCAAGGGGAAUCGAUUAUAAAUAAGCUUUACAUUUCGUGACUGAGCUCAUAGCUUCAUUUGACUCAAUGGAUGGAGAGUGAAAUGUAGGUUACUUAUUUGCGCAAUAUUGUCCUAAAUAUUGCAUAAUAAUGUGGAAAUUCGUAAAAUACUUGGCGCAGGUAGAAUAUUUCUCUAGUAAAUGAAAUUAAAACAAAAAACAGAAAAACAGAAUGAAAUCUGUAAUAUUGACAUAAUUUUAUGGAUGAUAUGUUACACGACUCGUUGUAAAAACUUUGAAUUAUGAACAUAGAUGAAAUCUUAUUUCUAACUGAAAAUAUAAAGUCUUCGAGAAAGCUCUCUAUCAUCAUGUCACAUAUUUAGAAAUGUUCUUUAUGUUAUCACAAAAUUCAUCAUUUUGCGCUAAAUCGCUUAAAAUAUUGCUCAAGCUGCUUCGAAAAAAUUUUUUUUUAGUUUAUUUUCUCGCUUCGUCUUUCUCUAAUUUUCUCAUUCAUUCUUUUUUUUCUCUUCAUGCAUAACAUCUAACGAUUAAAUAAACAUAUUAUAGUAUUAAAAAAUCAUUCCUUAAUGAAUAUAGAUAUGUAUUGAUGUCUUCAGAAAGAAGAAAAAAGGAUACAUUUUCUUGUUUGACUAUCACAGAUCCGAGUAAGUUGGAAGCAGCCUGUUUUUAAAUGAAAAAAAAAAA